UGUAGAAAAGCUGGCAGAGGAGCACACCAAGACCAGAAUCACUUCAUACAGCGGUCCACUGAGGGUAAACAAGUACCAAAAUAUCUCCUGCAGAUUGCAACGAAUACGACUUAUGGAUUUCUACUUUGGAUUUCUUAAAUCCGGCCAAUCUAAGGUGUCAUGGAUGAGCCUCACCUUUCUUUACUCAAUGCUGUACAUGUGGUGCAGCGUAGAGUGCUGGUCGUAUUAUUACUCUAACACCACCAUGAACUGGGAGGAAGCCAGAGCCUGGUGCCAGCAGAGCUACACUGACAUGGUGGCCAUCCAGAACCAGGAGGAAAUCAAACAUCUCAACAGCUGGCUUCCCAAGAAGAGCACGUAUUACUGGAUAGGGAUCCGCAAGAUCAACAACGUUUGGACCUGGGUUGGGACCAACAAGGCUCUGACGGUAGAAGCAACCAACUGGGCGAAGGGUGAACCAAAUAAUGGCAAACAAAGAAGCAAACAAGGCAAGAACGAGGACUGCGUGGAGAUGUAUGUGAAGCGAGACCAGCAGCCUGGCAAGUGGAAUGAUGAGAGGUGCGACAAGUUGAAGACCGCUCUGUGCUACACAGCUGCCUGUAAGGAGGACUCGUGCCUGCACGGAGAAUGUGUGGAGACCAUUAACAGUCACAAGUGCGAGUGCUUUGAAGGCUUUUAUGGAGAAAAGUGCGAUCAAGUGGUUCAGUGUGACGGACACGAGGUGACAGUCCCUAAUAAAGGACAUGUGCACUGUUCUGAUAAGUAUGGAGAGUUUUUCUACGACUCCCUGUGCCAGUUUUCUUGUGAGGAAGGAUUUCACUUAAGUACAGAAACACCCAUGAGAUGCACCGCCUCCAAAACCUGGUCCCAGUCACCCCCUACUUGUGAAUUGGAUCAGUGUGAGCCCCUCACUCGUCCAGACAAAGGCUCCGUGGAGUGCUCGGACCCUCUGGGCCCCUCCAGCUAUCAGUCCAGCUGUGUGUUCAGCUGUGAUGAAGGCUUUGAGCUCAUCGGUGCCCAGUCCAGCCGCCUGCAGUGUGAAUCAUCUGGACGCUGGAACGACUCGCAGCCCUCCUGUGUUGCUGUCCAGUGCUCUCCUCUCCUGGAGCUUCUGCACGGUUCUGUCAGCUGUGGAGAAGGUGAAGGCAAGUUCAGCUAUGAGGGCAUCUGCAGCUUCACCUGCGCUCCAAGUUACCGUCUGGUGGGAGCGAGCACAGUGACGUGCACAUCAGCAGGUGUAUGGAGCGACGAGCUGCCUCACUGUGAAGCCGUCAGAUGCCAGAAACCGGAGGGCCGAGCUCACCUGGUCAGUCUCUGCAGCCACACAGACCUACGGCCCAACUCCACCUGCACCUUCAGCUGUGAUGAAGGUUUUGAGCUGCAGGGAUCAACGACCACCCAGUGCUCUGAGACUGGGAGCUGGAGCGAAGACACAGCUUCCUGCAAACCCGUCCAGUGUCCCGCUCUGCAGGAGCUCGAACACGGUUCUGUCAGCUGCAGAGAUGACAGCGAUGUGAGGUUUGGCUACGGCAUCACCUGCAGCUUCAGCUGUAAUACAGGAUUUGAACUUCUGGGAGCAAAAACAACUCAGUGUUCUGAGGACGGACAGUGGAGUGCAGACAAACCUACAUGCAAAGCAAUCGAGUGUCCUGCACCUGUGGAUGUGACACAAGGGCAGAUCAGGUGUGUGGCCCCUUUUCACUCCUCACCUGUUUCAGCUGGUGCUCCCCAUCUGUACGGCACAGUCUGCACCUUCAGCUGUGAUGAAGGCCAUGAGCUCCAAGGUGCACUCAGCACAGAGUGUGCACAAUCCGGCCAGUGGACCUCCACCCCGCCUACCUGCUCAGCGGUGAGAUGCUCUGUGCUCGAGGCUCCUGAUAAUGGUCUCGUCAACUGCUCAGACGCUGAGCCUGUCUACAACUCCCAGUGCUCCUUCACAUGUAGUCAAGACCACACACUGCACGGGCAAGAGACUUUGACUUGUGAUCAUCACGGCAACUGGACUGGAACGACACCGGUCUGCCAAGCUUUUACUACACUGUCACUUAAGACCAUCACUAUUGGAGCAACAACAGGCGCCGGCGUGGCGUUGUCUGGCCUGUCUCUGGUGAUGUGGCUGCUGAAGCGACUGAAGCGGAAGGGAAACAAGUUUGAGUUGAACAGUAAUUCCGACAUCGAGGUCCCACCACAAGUCUAUAAAAACAGCACCGACAGCCUCAUUUAGAGCUCCGAAGCAUUCUUCACAUUUCACACCUCUGUAUUGUGUAUUUGAUGAUUUGUUCCAUUGUGUUUCCUGUGUGAUGUUCAGACACGUCUGAAAAUGUAUUUAUUUGCUUCCAAAGGGAGUUUUACAUUGAACAUAUUGUUCUGCAGUUACAUGCUGGGAAGCCGGCUUUCUUCAUGUCAGUGGUGACUUACUGUUUCAGAACUGUGAAACAUUUCAGUAUUUACAUUUCAGUAUUUAUGAACUAUUUAUUUUUUUUUAAAUGCUUGUUAGAUUUCUGAUGUUUUAUGUAUUUUUAUGUAUUUUUCUAUAUUCAUAAUAAAACUUCAAAUAAUAAUUCCU